AUGACGCUGUCAAUGGUGGAAAGCGGCUCAACGUCUGCGGAAAGCUUCAGAAAAUUCAUCUUUGGCCAGGAUCCAGACGACAGUGACACCGACGAAGUCUGCGACAGCGUUGAAAUCCUCAUUCCAGAGCUCCUUCAGGCCUCGUACUCUUCAUACACCUGGCCUUCCGCUCCCAUUCUGAGUCUGUUCCUGUGGAAACGAAGGGCAUCUCUGACCAAGAAGAGGAUCCUCGAGUUGGGAUCAGGCACCUCGCUUCCGGGCAUCUUGGCGGCCAAGUGUGGGGCUCAAGUCACGCUGUCCGAUCGCACAACACUGCCCAAGACUCUGGCUCACAUACAGCGUUGCUGCCAGCUGAACAAUCUCACUCCGGGAAAGGAUAUCGCGGUGAAGGGACUCUCGUGGGGGCUGCUGCUGAAUAGCAUCUUCGAUUUGGGGCCCAUCGAUUUGAUCAUCGGCUCGGAUAUCUUCUACGAUCCGUCUGUGUUCGAGGACAUCCUCGUGACCGUUGCUUUCUUGCUGGAGCAGAAUCCAGGUGCCAAAUUCCUCUUCACAUACCAGGAGAGAAGCGCAGAUUGGAGCAUCGAGGCGACGCUCAAGAAGUGGAAGCUCAAGUGCGCCAACGUGAGCUUGAGCGGAAUCACGGCGGGAUUCGACAAGAAUCUGAAGAAGUUCAUGGGCGGUCACAGUGUUCAUCUGCUAGAGAUCACGCUCGCCUGA